ACGUAUUAUGAUGUUACUACCGAGUUUAGUCGACCGACGACGUGACGUGUGGUGGUCUACUAUAGUACAGCUAUUGCUGGCCGGGCAAUGCUGCGCGUUUUCAAAUAUGUUGAGCUGUGUUUAUACUACGCUUUGAUACUCGCGUUAUGCGUGUCACGGUCGAGUGGCGACUUUGGAUUGUCCGCCAAGCCGUCCAACAUCUUGGUUUUUCUGCCCACCGAAUCCAAAAGCCAUUUCAACGGUUUCAAGCCGCUGCUCCAAACGCUUGUCAGUAGAGGUCACAAUUUGACUUUGGUAUCGCCGUUGCCACUGGACAAAGCCGAAUAUCCGUAUCGUCAUGUCCAGGUGGAAGAGCAUGUGUACGGAAAAGAUUCGAAACCCAUUGCAGACGGUAACAUGUUGGAAGUUGCAAAAAUAAUCAACUACAUACCAGCGGCCGUACAAAUAUGUUGGUUCGGCCCGUAUAUUAGCGAACUAACGUUGAACAAGUCUUCAGUUAAAGAUUUUAUCACCAACGACCGAUCCUCAUUCGAUUUAGUCAUAUUUGAAAACUUUUUCCACGAAUCCUUCGUCUCGAUUGGUCAUAAGUACAACGCUCCGGUGGUCCAAUUGCUUCCAUUUUCUACAAACGCCAGAGUGUCUCAAUGGCAUAGCAAUCCUUUACAUCCGGCGUACAUUACUGACGUGACUAGUUUUUUUGGAUCUAACAUGACGUUUAUCCAAAGGACGACCAACACACUUUCGGUUCUGGCAUAUACAACGGUCAACAGGGUUAUUUACUUAUACAAGCAAAAUGCCGUGAUGAACAAGUACUUUAUAUACCCAGGACACGAGAACCGACCAGACCUAGCCACUAUGCUUCAAAACAUCUCAUUGACCCUCAUAAACAGCCAUCCGAUCAUAGGUUCACCUGUACCAUUGGUGCCUAGCUAUAUAAACGUGGCUGGCAUGCAUUGCAAACCUGCAAAGGAACUGCCACAAGACUUGAAAAAGAUACUAGACACAUCUGAACGGGGCGUGGUGUACUUCAGUUUGGGCUCCAUUGUGCAGUCAUCGAAGAUGCCCAAAGAGACGGUUUCGAUGUUGCUUUCGGAACUGUCGAAAAUCGAACAAACCGUGUUGUGGAAAUGGGAAGCCGACGACUUGCCUCAGUUACCCAAAAAUGUCAUCAUUCGCAAAUGGUUUCCUCAGAACGAUAUACUAGGUCACCCAAACUGCCGGUUGUUUAUAACGCACGGGGGAGUGCACAGCACUAUUGAGUCAAUUUACCACGGUGUCCCUAUGUUAGCUAUCCCCGUGUUCGGUGACCAAAUUGGAAAUUCGCUGCGAGCUCAAUACAGAGGAAUCGCCAUACAGGUACCAUUCUUCGAACUGACCGACCAGGCUAUCGGUAGUGCCUUGCACAGACUGCUGAACGAUCCUAGGUUUGCGGAAAACGCCAAAAGGGUGUCAGCCAUAUUCAGGGACCAGCCAUUGACUCCUUUGGAGACUGCUAUCUAUUGGAUUGAGUACGUGAUCAGGCACAAAGGAGCAGCACAUCUCAAGACGGCAGCUAACGAGCUUAAUUGGUUUCAGUUUUUAUUACUAGACGUUGUAUUAUUCGUUUUGUCCGUUGUCGUGUUAACCGUGUACACGACCAAAAAGAUAUUGGUUUUAACGUUCGGCCUGUGUUGUAAACGAAAAGCGUCGAUUGAAAAAAAGAAUCAAUAAGACUUUGUUGAGAGACCAUCAAAUAUAUAGUACAUUUUUCGUUGUUGAGUAUUUUACAUAUUUUUAUACACGCCGUUUAUAUAGAUAUUCAAUAUGUAUGUAUAUUUUUUACAAUAAAAGUGUUCUUCGUUAUUGAAAAUUCAAACGAACAAUAUAAUAUGUAUGAACACAAAUCGAUUUGCAUUUAUAUAGAAUAAUAUUUAUUUUCCGGCUUUAGAAUAAAGUUGACGCAAAAUCA